UGAUUGACGUGUUCAUCUCUAAUCAGUGAUUUUCUCGUCCGGAACACAAACAUCGAAUACCAUUUGUUUGGACUUGUAUUUGUGUUUUAAAUGUCUGACUGGGAGGAUGAGUACGAAGCUGACGGUGUGACGCUUUCGAAGCCGCUGUCUGUGCAGGUGAAGUCAUGGAGGCCUCCGUCUCCUCAAAGGGCUCGGACCAGAGACACCGGUGCGCCACGUGCUGAAGUGGACUUGGAUGGCGGGCAGUGGACAAACUGGAGGGAGCCAACAUCAAACGUUUGUGACGGUGAAACCAGGAGAAAUAACAGUUACGGUCGGUCAAGGGGUGGACGCGGGGGAGGUUGUUGUGAUGGAGAGAGGUCAAGAUCCUCACCGACAAUACUUAACGUGGAUAACUCUCUGGUCGGGAGAAUCAUUGGUCGAGGCGGUGCGAAAAUCCGAGAGUUGGAGGAAAGCAGUGGAGCGUCAAUAAAGAUAAACCGGGGUGUAGAUGAAGCUGAGGUGAUGAUCUUUGGAUCAGGUGAUGUUCAGCUCAAAGCCAAGGAUAUGAUUGAAGACCUGGUGCAGGGGAGGUCGUUCAGAGGUCCUAUGGGCUCCAAUGGAAAUAGCAACACAGGCUAUCAGCGUGAUUCCUGUUGGUCAGCUUCUGCUGUCCAGGCUGUGGGCGCAGCUGCACCUGCACGUGUGCCUAUUGACUGGAUAGCACUCAGAGAAAACCGUGAUAAAUAUGAAGCUAUAAAAUGGCAAGAUCUUCCACCUCUGAAGAAGGAUUUCUAUAUUGAAGCGGAAUCUGUGGCUGCUCACAGUGCAGAAGAAGUCAAAAUUUGGAGAAAAGAGAACAACAACAUCUUUGUGGAUGAUUUGGUAGAGGGGGAGAAAAGAACCUUUCCCAAUCCAGUGUGCACUUUUGAGGAGGCUUUUGCUCACUAUCCUGGAAUAAUGGAAAACAUUGUCAGAGUUGGAUUUCAAAAGCCAACUCCCAUUCAGUCACAGGCCUGGCCAGUAAUUCUGAAGGGAAUAGACCUGAUAGGAAUAGCUCAAACAGGAACAGGCAAAACUCUGGCUUACCUACUUCCUGGCUUCAUUCAUAUGGAUGAGCAGCCUUUACCCAGGGACCAGCGAAAUGGUCCCGGCAUGUUGGUUUUGACACCCACGCGUGAACUGGCACUUCAGAUCGAAGCUGAGUGUAACAAAUACAGCUACAAAGGUUUUAAAACUAUCUGUAUCUACGGAGGAGGUGACAGACGGGCUCAGAUUAAUAAAGUGAGAAGUGGUGUGGAUAUAGUCAUUGCCACACCAGGACGAUUAAAUGAUCUGCAGAUGAACGAUCUCAUCAACUUACGCUCCAUCACCUAUCUGGUUUUGGAUGAGGCUGAUAGAAUGUUGGAUAUGGGCUUUGAACCUCAAAUCAUGAAAAUCAUUCUGGACAUUCGGCCUGAUAGACAGACUGUUAUGACUAGUGCCACCUGGCCAACGGGUGUUAGGCGGCUGGCCAAAUCCUACCUGAAAAACUCCAUGAUGGUUUACGUGGGCACUUUGGAUCUAGCAACGGUGAACACUGUUCAUCAGAUGGUGCUGAUUGUGCAGGAGGAAGAAAAGAAAGCUUAUGUGUUUGAUUUCAUUCACCGGAUGGAGCCUCAGGACAAAGUGCUAAUAUUUGUUGGAAAAAAAAUAAAAGCCGAUGACCUCUCCAGUGACCUGUGUCUGCAGGGUAUACCGGUACAAUCUAUGCAUGGAGACCGAGAACAGUGUGACCGAGAAGAGGCACUUCAGGACUUUAAAGAUGGUCGCGUGCGUAUCCUGGUGGCGACUGACCUGGCUUCCCGUGGACUGGAUGUUCAUGACAUCACGCAUGUGUUCAACUAUGACUUUCCUCGUAACAUGGAGGAGUAUGUGCACAGAGUUGGGAGAACAGGUCGUGCUGGGAGAUCUGGUGCAUCUGUAACCCUGGUAACAAGAGAUGACUGGAAAAUUGCUUCCGAGUUGAUCACUAUUCUGGAGAGGUCUGGUCAGGAUGUACCAGAAGAACUGGUACUGAUGGCAGAGCGUUAUGAGAAACGUCAGAGGGAGAAAGAAAUGUAUGCACCCAAAGGAGGCAGAGGAGGAGGACGGAGAGGUGGUUUUAGAGGCGGCUCAGACCGACGGUUCUGAUCUCCUGAAAGAUGGAUAUCGCUGCACUUCCCGGAGUUACAUUCCUAUGCUUUUAAAUAGUUAGGCCUCUGUGUGUAGAAAGGCCUGUGAAGUUUUGGUAAACAACAUUUACAUUCUGUUAAGACACCGCUUUGUUUUCCAAGUAUGCAGAAUGGAUUUAUUUUAUUGUGAGGUUUUUUUUCCUGUUCAGUCACAUUUAUUAUUUCUACAUAUCUAUUUUGAGGAUGAUGUGAACAUGCAUCUAAAAGUAGAUAAUGUACUUUGUUCUGUUGAACAAAUAUAAAAUAAAGAACUUGAACAAC